AUGUCAAAACCUCAAACUAAAAUACAAUAUCCAUUUUGGUAUGGAGGAGCAGCAAGUAUGGCAGCAUGUUUAGUAACUCAUCCAUUAGAUUUAGCUAAAGUUCGAUUACAAACAGCAACAAAACCUGGUCAAUCAUUAUUAUCAAUGAUUUAUCAAAUUAUUACUAAAGAAGGUUUUUUCAAAAUAUAUUCAGGAUUAACUGCUUCAUUAUUACGUCAAGCAACUUAUUCAACUACUAGAUUUGGAGUUUAUGAAUUUUUAAAAGAACAAUAUAUGGAAAUGAAAUCAAAAACCUUUCACAAUGAUAAUAAUAAUAAUGGUAUUAUGGAAAAACCAUCAACAGCAAUAUUAUUACCCAUGUCAAUGAUUUCUGGAGCAUUAGGAGGAUUAAUUGGUAAUCCUUCUGAUGUAGUUAAUAUUAGAAUGCAAAAUGAUUCAACAUUACCAAUUAAUCAAAGAAGAAAUUAUCGUAAUGCUUUUGAUGGUAUUUAUAAAAUUUGUCAACAAGAAGGAAUAAAUUCAUUAUUUAGAGGAUUAACUCCUAAUUUAAUAAGAGGAAUAUUAAUGACAGCUUCUCAAGUUGUUACUUAUGAUAUAGCUAAAUCAAUAUUAGUUGAUCAAAUUCAUUUGGAUCCUUCAAAAAAAUCAACUCAUUUUAGUGCUUCUUUAAUUGCUGGAUUAGUGGCCACAACAGUUUGUUCACCAGCUGAUGUUGUUAAAACUAGAAUCAUGAAUAGUAAAACAACUUCUACUAGUAAUGGUGGUGGUAAUGCAAUUCUGAUAUUAAAAAAUGCUGUGAAACAUGAAGGUAUUGGAUUUAUGUUUAGAGGUUGGUUACCUUCAUUUAUUAGAUUGGGUCCUCAUACAAUUGUAACAUUUUUGGUAUUAGAACAAUUAAGAAAAUUUAAAUUAGGAAUGAAUCAAUCAAGUUAA